AAAUAGCCUCACAGAAAAUAUAUCUUUAUCAUUAUGUUGUUAUUAUUAGCGAAUAUGAACCAUUUGAUGUCAGAUACUGUAAAAAUGGUGCAAAAUAAGGUGUAGAAAUGCAGAAAUUAUGCUUGUAAGUGCAGCAUUGUGCAAUAGACAAACUAUCUCCACAUUAAGUCAUCACAGACGCAAUUAUUGUACAUUCCUAACAAUAAGACGAGAUUGUAUUUGAGCUCCAUGUAUGGUGGUGCAUCCGCAUGUCUUGUCAGUACAGUUGGAGUACAAUUUUACCUCCACAUCAGUGAGCUGCAGACAAAACAUGGGAGGCUUACAGGCUUGUUGCCAUGACAACAGAGCAACCCCAUCACUGCCACCCUGCCACUACCUCCAGGCACAUACUCUCUCUCUCUCCCUUGCUCCCCCACUCUCUCCCCCCCAUCUGUCCGUCUGUCUGUACACGCAGCAGCGGCAGCAGCGUUACAUCCGCUUUUAUACCGUAAAGACGAACCAGGCGUGUCGGGACCCCUCCUGCUUGUCUGCGUCGGGCGCUCCAAAUGAGUGCACCCGCAGCGACGGUGCAACAGCGAGCAGACGACGACGACGACGACAGCGGUGAAAUGCAAUCGGCCGCGGUGGCGCCAUCCUCUUUCAUGCCGGGCCAAUCGGGCAAGAUCCCGGGCAGGAAGCGAGGCAGGCCCCCGCUGCGCAGUGUGGCCAAGAUAGAUUUCGCCAGCCGCUACGUCGACUCGCUGCCGCCGCUUAAAGUGCCCAAGAAGAGAGGGAGGAAGCCGGGAUUCAAGCUGAAACCCAGAAUGGUGAUGACGCCGUUGGCCAUCUCACCACCCAGCAGCACCCCCGAGCCUGACAUGAGCUCCAUCCCUCAGGACGCCGCCACAAUCCCCCACUCGGCCACGCCUCAGGUGCUCACAGUGUGCAUCUACAUCAACAAGCAAGCCAACACAGGUCCAAACCUGGACCGGAAGAAGAUCCAACAGCUGCCCGACCACUUCGGACCCGAUAGGCCUUCGGUGGUGCUGCAGCAAGCCGUGCAGGGAUGCAUCGACAGUGCCUUCCAGCAGAAGACUGUCUUCACGCUGCUCACGCAGGGAUACGGGGGAGAGAAGAUAUCAGCCACCUUUGACGGCAAGCAGCACCUCCUGAGCCUCCCUGUGGUGAACAGUAUCGACUACGUGCUGCGCUUCCUGAAGAAGCUUUGUCGCAGCCUGCACUGCGAGAACCUGUUCAGCGACCAGCCCAUCAGUCAGCGUCCCUCCUACCACUCUGACGCGGAAACGUCUCUGGCCGAUGAUUACCGCCACGAGCAGAGCGAAGGGAAGCGCUACCCGACGGCAGAGCACAGGGAAUCCGCGUUCGGCUCUAUCAGCUCCUCAUCGUACUCGUCUUCGCCAAAGUCCUCUUACGGCUUCCGCUCGUCGCAGCAGUUCGGCAACGCGUCGGCCGUCUCCAGGCAGUCGUCGGGCAGCCCCGGCGCCUUUGUGGAAAGCAACAGGGCAGGAGCGUAUGUCGCACAGGAGUCGAAGGCCCCGUCCCCCGGCAAGGAUCCGUCCACGUGGAGCGUGGACGACGUGGUGUGGUUCAUCCGGGACGCCGACGCCAACGCCCUCGGACCUCACGCCGACGUCUUCAGGAAACACGAGAUCGACGGCAACGCCCUGUUGCUGCUGAAGAGCGACAUGAUCAUGAAGUACCUCGGCCUGAAGUUAGGGCCCGCCCUCAAGUUGUGCUACCACAUCGACAAGCUCAAGCAGAGCAAGUUGUAGGCUCGGAGCUCACAGCAGAAACUGGCACAAUAGGCACACCGUGUUGCUGAAACAACCAAUGACAAAAGCUCACUGGAAGAGACCACUUUUUUUUUUAUCUUGGCAUUUUUUGCUGCUCUUUAUAAAUGUGGAACGGAGGCGUAAAACUAGGGCUGAAUGACUUGAGAAAAUAAUCAAAAUUGGGAUUUUUUUCCCUUAAUAUUGAGAUUGCGAUUUAAUAUGCGAUUCUUUUUUCAAGGUGUUUUUUUUUUUACAGAAAGACAAAAAUGCAAUAUAUUAAUCUGUAUUACAAGAAAUAACAUCUGAUUUAUGAUAUAUAAAUGCGUUGUUCUUAUAGGUUAGGCUAACAAAGGCAAAUGAAGCAUGAAUUCAUAUUAAAGGCAGUUUAUUGAGCGGCUUACUUCAAUACAUUUUGAGUGCAGUCUUGUAAAUAUUCACUCCGAUGAAUUUACAAAAUUCUACCAAACGUGAGCUGCUUUCGGCUCAUUAUAUUUUAAAAAUCCAAUGUGUCGCCUAUCUUUGCUCGAUAAGAUGUUUCCUGUAUUCUAAAUACCUGCACUGAAAAAAACGGAAGCAUUUACUUUCGCUUAAUUUAAAGAUAUUUUAAUGCUUUUUUCUUACACAUCUUGACUUAAUUAGCCUGUUUUACUCUAGCUUGAUGUAAAAUUACUAUAAAAGGGGAAGCAACUAAUCCGAGUAUGCGUACAUUUUCAUUAGGGGUGUAAUGAAAACCAAUUUGAAUGAGAAACUCUUGUUUUGUAAAAAUGUAGCAUUCUUGAAUUGUAUCACGCAACAUAUUGAGAUACUUAUCGAAUUGUCUUUUUGGGAGAGACGCACACCUCUAAUAUACAUGUAUAAAGAAUGUGUUGCAAUGUGCACACAAUGUCACAAAUCUCACCAUUUUCCAAACCUUUUAUCAGUGUUGACAAUACAAGGAGGUUAUAUGUGUUAUGUGAUGGUGAGACGUCAAGGAAACAUCAAUAUGUGUCAUAAUCCUGUAUGUGAGUAUUAAAUCAAAACAUGUAAAAUA